ACGAGAAAGAGAGAGAGUUUUCUCAGAUCCAUUUGCUCGCCGUGGCGUUUCUCAGCGUGAGGCGGUGCUGAUCGAUCGUUGAGAAUCCUUGUAUUCAUAUUGAUUCUAGGGUUCUUAUUCCACUGUUUGGUUGAUUGGUUGCGGGAGUAGUUCGUCAUGGAGAAUGGGGAGAUCGAGAGCGCGGAUGAGGAAAUGGCUUCGAGUAGUGGGCGGCAGUACAGGCCCGUCGGCUCUCAUGACCGUGCGGUCAUCCAGAUGUCAUCCAUGGAAUCCGGAUCUUCUCCUGAUAUCCCCAAAAGAAAAUCUUCAGUGGCUACUCAAGUGGAAAUUCCUGGCAAUGCAAUGGAGGGAUCUUCACCAUCUCAUGAUGGACGGAAUGGAACCCAAAAAGAAUCAAAAUUAGAGUUAUUUGGUUUUGAUUCCCUUGUUAACAUUUUGGGGCUUAAAAGUAUGACAGGGGAACAACUUCCAACACCUUCUAGUCCAAGAGAUGGUGAGAAUAUAUCCAUUACUCUAGGGCGCCCCAAGGAGACUGGUCCUAAGCUGGGGACUUUGAUGGGUGUGUUUGUUCCUUGCUUACAAAACAUAUUGGGUAUAAUCUAUUAUAUCCGUUUUACUUGGAUUGUGGGUAUGGGUGGCAUUGGAGAAUCACUCUUACUGGUUGCAUUCUGUGGCACAUGCACAUUUUUAACAGGGAUAUCAUUAAGUGCAAUUGCUACUAAUGGAGCUAUGAAGGGUGGUGGGCCCUAUUAUCUCAUUGGUCGAGCUCUUGGUCCAGAAGUUGGUGUUAGUAUUGGCUUGUGCUUUUUCCUUGGGAAUGCUGUUGCUGGAUCUAUGUAUGUCCUUGGGGCUGUAGAGACUUUCUUGGAUGCUGUGCCCGGUGCUGGAUUUUUCAGAGAGAGUGUAACCAUUGUCUCUAAUAGCACUGCUGUGCCUAUGAAUGUCACGACAACAACCGUCUCCACUCCUAGCAUUCAUGACUUGCAACUUUAUGGGGUUGUUGUUACCAUUUUACUCUGUUUUAUUGUAUUUGGUGGGGUGAAAAUUAUUAAUAAGGUUGCACCCACUAUCUUAAUCCCUGUCCUGUUUUCGCUGUUCUGCAUCUUUAUUGGAGCAUUUGUAGCACCAAGGAGUAAUGCUUCAAGUGGGAUUACCGGACUGAAGUUAAGUACAUUAAAAGACAACUGGAGCUCAGAUUAUCAGCGUACUACAAAUGCUGGGAUACCUGAUCUGCAGGGUCCUAUCUACUGGAACUUCAAUGCAUUGGUAGGUCUCUUUUUCCCUGCUGUAACAGGAAUUAUGGCUGGUUCAAAUCGCUCUGCAUCACUGAAAGACACACAACGCUCGAUACCAAUUGGAACAUUGGCUGCUACACUUACCACUACUUCUUUAUAUUUGAUAUCAGUAAUACUGUUUGGAUCUUUGGCUACCAGAGAAGAGCUUUUGACAAACAGGCUUCUUACUGCUGAAGUUGCCUGGCCUAUCCCUGCAAUCAUUUAUGUUGGGAUCAUUCUCUCCACUUUAGGUGCUGCACUUCAAAGUCUGACAGGUGCCCCACGCUUGCUUGCUGCUAUAGCCAAUGAUGACAUUCUUCCAGUUCUCAAAUAUUUUAGAGUUUCAGAAGGCGAUGAACCUCAUAUUGCAACACUUUUUACAGCUUUCAUUUGUAUAAGUUGUGUCAUCAUUGGGAAUCUUGAUCUCAUCACACCAACUAUAACUAUGUUUUUCCUUCUGUGUUAUUCGGGUGUCAAUGUGUCCUGCUUCCUUUUGGACCUUCUUGAUGCUCCUAGCUGGCGUCCUCGAUGGAAGUUCCACCACUGGAGUCUCUCACUUCUUGGGGCAUUGGUUUGUAUUGUGAUCAUGUUCUUAAUUUCAUGGGCUUUCACUGUGGUGUCCUUGGCCCUUGCUACUCUCAUAUAUUACUAUGUCAGCAUAAAGGGAAAGGCAGGAGAUUGGGGCGAUGGAUUUAAAAGUGCAUACUUUCAAUUGGCAUUGCGAAGCCUUCGGUCGUUAGGAGCAAACCAGGUUCAUCCCAAAAAUUGGUAUCCAAUUCCCCUUAUUUUCUGUCGGCCAUGGGGAAAGCUCCCAGAGAAUGUCCCUUGUCAUCCUAAGCUUGCUGACUUUGCUAACUGCAUGAAGAAGAAAGGGCGUGGUAUGUCAAUAUUCUUCUCCAUCAUCGAUGGUGACUAUCAUGAAUUGGCUGAGGAUGCCAAGACAGCUUGCCGCCAACUCAGCACAUACAUAGACUACAAACGCUGUGAGGGUGUGGCUGAGAUAAUUGUGGCACCAACCAUGUCUGAUGGCUUUCGCGGCAUUGUGCAAACAAUGGGGCUUGGCAAUCUCAAGCCAAACAUCAUUGUUAUGCGUUACCCGGAAAUUUGGCGCCGGGAGAACCUCACCCAGAUACCAUCUACCUUUGUCAGCAUCAUCAACGACUGUAUAAUAGCCAAUAAAGCAGUUGUGAUUGUUAAGGGUUUGGAUGAAUGGCCUGGUGAAUACCAAAGACAAUAUGGAACAAUUGAUUUAUACUGGAUUGUGAGGGAUGGAGGUCUGAUGCUGCUUUUAUCUCAGCUCUUGCUCACGAAAGAGAGUUUUGAAAGUUGCAAGAUCCAAGUAUUUUGCAUUGCUGAAGAGGACACUGAAGCUGAGGAGCUGAAGGCUGAUGUUAAGAAAUUCUUAUACGAUCUCCGCAUGCAGGCUGAGGUGAUAGUGAUCACAAUGAAGUCAUGGGAAGCACAUAUGGACAGUGCGCCUCAGCAAGAUGAAUCAGUCGAGGCAUUCACAAGCGCUCAACGGCGUAUAGCUGUAUACCUUGAGGAGAUGAAAGAAACUGCCCGGAAAGAAGGUAAACCAUUGAUGGCAGAUGGAAAACAAGUGGUCGUGAACGAGCAACAAGUCGACAAGUUUCUUUACACAACUCUGAAGUUAAACUCAACAAUACUCAGAUACUCACGGAUGUCUGCAGUGGUGUUUGUAAGCCUUCCACCCCCACCAUUGAACCACCCAGCCUACUUCUACAUGGAAUACAUGGAUCUAUUAGUAGAGAAUGUGCCGAGGAUGUUGAUAGUUAGGGGAUAUAGAAGAGAUGUUGUUACCCUUUUUACGUAGCCAAUGGCCGUUAUAGUUACUCAUUCAUUGUGAUGUUUGUGUGUUGGUUUUCCAUAUUUGUCAUAUUUUAAAGGUAUUAGAUGGAUAGUUUUACAGGUUGAGUUCAUUCUUUUCACUCUGCCAAUCUAGAAAGUCUUUCUCACUUCUGCAUGUAUUUCAUUUUUGUUCUUGUGUAGAUGAGGUGGAGGGAACUUGUAAUCAAGGAAAUUUUGUUACUGUUUGUGGAUAUAUUGAAUAACAUGGAUGUUGAUGUUGAUGA